AUGGCAGAUUUUGAGACACUGGUGAGACAGGCAGAGACCCUAGGACUCUCAGGUGAUGCUCUGUCCGAUUAUGUCAUGUUCAGUGAUGAUACUGUGAGACCUAGCUUACCUGUGUUUCAUGAUAGUGAAGAUAUUUCUUUGUAUUUGAUAAGGUUUGAAAGAGUGGCUGAUCUUUUGAAUAUGAAGAAGGAAAGUUAUGCCGUCAGUGUGGACUUCCGCUCUGCUAAAAUUAAACCAGACCAGCUAAAGUCUUGCGUUUCCCCAGAUAUCUGUAUGUUUAAGAAAGAGAACAGCGCCUCUACUCUUGAUGAAGCUGUGAGGUUUGCAGACACUUGGGCUUCCGCCCAUGUAUCUUACCCGAAAUCGAACACCUGUCUCCACAGAGGUAAGAGGAUGGUUCAAACCAAACAGAUGGUUCCAGAGGAAGCAGAGGUGAAAGCUCCGCGACCUAAAGUAACAUGUCAUGGCUGUGGGAAAGUCGGGCACAUCAAACCACGUUGCCCUAAAAACCCUUUUGCUUUCAAGCAACAAUCUAGUUAUACCGUCGAUUUUUCUUAUGAUGACAACUCUCCUCGUAAAUUCUUAACUUCAGGCACCAUCAAUGGUUCUUGGGUUUCAACUGUCCUCCGAGAUUCCGGUUGUUCUUGCGUUAUUGUUGCUGAACAGUUACUCCCGGAUUUUGAUCUGACAUGUCAGUGGACUAGAGUUUUUGAUUAUCUUGGGCAUACAGACACUUUCCCUCUAGUCAAAUGUUUCAUUCGAUGCCCAUAUUAUGUUGGAUGGGUUAAAGCUGUAAGGGCACCAAUCAAAUUUUGCUCUGUAUUAAUUGGGAAUAUUCCAGAUGUAAGAGAUCAUAGUGACCCUGAUGCUAUUUCUAAUAAAUCUACUAGCAGUUCAGCUGUGUCUGACCAUAUUGAGACUAUACCACGUACUGUAGCUGUUGCAAGAACGACUAAUGUUACUGAUGAAUAUGUUCAAGCAGUUGAAACUAGAUCAGGGAAAAUUAAGAGAGUCCAUCCUCUCUUAUUACCAAAGUUAGAACCUCUCAAUAUCACACCUUCUGAAUUCGUCAAACUCCAGUCAUCUUGUCCAUCUUUGUCAGGUAUCAGGUGCAAGGCUAAUGCUGGGGAAACGGAAAACAUGCGCGAUGGCUCAUUGUAUAAAUACGAGGCAAUGAAUGGUUUGAUCUACCGUUCUUGUGUGAAUUCCAGAUUCUGUAAAAGGGUUGGUAAAUCUUCUCUGGUUGUACCUGCUGAUUUCCGGAAGAUAAUUCUCAGUCUGGCACAUGAAAGUCCACUUGAAGGCCACAUCUCGCACCGUAAGACAGAAAUUAAAGUAAGGGAACAAUUUUAUUGGCCUGGAAUGGGUGCUGAUAUCAAAGACUACUGUAGAUUUUGUGAGAAGUGCCAGAAAAUGUCCAGUAAAGGCAGGAUAAAGCCAGCCCCAUUGCUGCCAAUACCUAUUGUGACUGAACCUUUUUCUUGCGUCGCGACUGAUAUUGUUGGACCAUUAACUCCUGCAUCUUCCCAGGGUCAUAAAUACAUCUUAACAUUAAUUGAUUUUGCCACCGGGUUCCCUGAUGCUCACCCGUUAAAAGAUAUUGAUUCGGUGUCUGUAGCUGAGGCUUUACUAAUGAUUUUCUCUCGAGUAGGCAUUCCUAGGGAGAUACUCUCAGACAGAGGCACACAGUUUACUUCCAAAUUAAUGGGUGAACUCCACAAGUUACUUGGUAUAAAGCCCCUUUUCACAACUCCUUACCACCCGAGUUGUAAUGCAAUACCGCUGAGCGAGACGAGAGGCCCCGAAAACCAGGAUAGCUCCUGUGGCACAAGGCUUGGGUUUGGGUCUAUUGCUGCUGUGUCUGAAAAGAGGUCCGAGCUGGUCAAAGUCCUCGCACACGAGUAA